CCUCAGUGAGAUCAAGAUGGCAGCUUGCUCUGAGCGUGGUAUGGGAAAAUAAAUCGAAAACAAAACAAUAGCAGGACUGUUAUAAACCAAGAAAACGAGUAAUGUGAGGAUCGAUGAGCAUAGCACACGAAGAGACAUCGGGCAAACACAAUUCAGAGGAAUGUUAUCAGCAAAGGGGCUGCAUCUUCACUGCUUUUGUGUCGGCAAUGAAGUAAUUCAAAAAGAUUUCAGUCAGUAAUAGCUAAUGGAGACUAAUUGGUGGAACAACAGCACCUGACCCACAAUGGACAGUUUCUUCAAAGCAGCAGUCAGUGAUUUGGAUAAAUUGCUGGAUGAUUUUGAACAGAAUACAGAUGAAUUUGAAUACUGCAAGACACAUUCUGCAAGUUUUUGUGAUUUAGCUUAUCAGUCUUCCGUAGUCACUCCCCAUGGAUUUACACCAGAAAGUGUUUCAGAUCCUGCAUCAGUUUCAGAGGGCACAGACAGAGAACACAAUGUUUUUGAUUCACUUGAAUCUACAGAGAGAAAAGAAAUUUAUACUAAAUUAUGUCAACAUGCUACAAGUCCUUUAACAGAUUUAGACCUUCUUUCUACAGUUGACAACAGAAAGGCUAAAACAAUUGAAACUUACUGUUUGGAGCAUGAAAGUAAACCAGUCUGUGAUUUGGUUAGUGAUACUGAAGCAGUUAUUAACCGGGACUACAGUCUUAGUUUAUCUGAAAAUGUGAAUACUGUGGAAUGUCCAUUGGAAGACCACUUACUAGUUGACCUUAGUGCUCUCCAUGUGCAUAAUACAGGAGACAGAGUACACAAUGACAUCUACUUCGUGUCCAAUGAACAACUUCAUACCACAACAACUACAGACAUUUUUGAGAAUUCAAAGCAUGGGGCAGACUUGAGCCAGCUUAAUAUAAUUCUACCCUCUAUGAAUAAAGAUGAAAGUGUAAAUUCAAACAUUGACUGUUAUCCAAAAGAAAAUUGUACUGAAAAGAUUGAGGAAAAAAAUAUAAUAGAAUGCACCCAAUUUCAGAAACCCAAAUCUUGUUUGAUAACGAAUGAUCAAAGUAGCUCCAAUGCUUUAGAAAGUGGGUGCCUUUUAAAUUCAUUUGAAAGUAAUGCUCUCAAAUCAGAUAGUGUUUCUAAUCAUGAUGAAACAGUACAAAAUCAUGCUAGAACCGAAACUGCAUUGGAGCAAAAAUCGUCAUUGGAGCAUUUGGAUAAAUUACUUAAUGAAGAGAUGUGUGUUGAUAAUGCAGAUACUCCUUUUAUAAAAGGACCUGAACCAGAGAAAAGCAACAGAUUUGUCUGUGGCGCAGAACAUGAUAACAAUGCUCUGUUAUCAUGCCUUCCAGUUGCUGUUUCUGUGCAUAGCUCCUUAAUUGCAGCAGAAAACUCUCUGAACAACAAACAUGUGGCAAAUGAAUCUGAGAAUGUGCUUUUGGGUGAGACACCGGCCCCUCACACCAGUGAGUGCUUAUCGAAUGCACCAGAGACUUUGUUUGUGGAUGUGACAUGGAAACCACAAAUCCCUGAACAUUCUCUAGAUACAGAGGAGCCUAUGCAACCAAAUGUGAUGUACAGUCUUCAGAGAAGAAAUCAAAGUUUUGAUGUACCUGAAAUUGCAUAUGCUGAUGCAGCCCAGCAUCCUGAAAGCAGCAAAGUUGAUAAUUUGCCAAAGGUGAUAGCUGUGGGUAUGUCCCAGAACCUUCAAAGUAACAGUUUACAUCAUGAAUUGGACACUGCAGGACACACUGUGAUGAUAAAGCACAGUACAGAAAACAGUGAAUGUUUGCAUGAAGAAAAUGAGGUAGAGAUAAAAACACUUAUAGUUGAUGACGAAAAGCCUACUUUUGCAAUGGAGGGAACUACAGAUGUUGAUCGCAUUGGUCCUGAUACUACUUGCAAAGGCAGCCAGCCUGACAUCACAGGAGUCCUUGAUAUGCCGCCACCUAUAACAUGUGUUGUGUCUAAUGCAAUUGUCAAUAUUAAUGAAUUAGUAAAUCCAGAGGAUGUUACCAACUCUCAUCAGGUUGAUACCAUUGAUUACAGUUCCUUGACGGAAAGCAUAUCCUUCUCUUUGGAUUAUUCUGAUAACAUAAUUUCCAAUAAAGAUGCAGUGGAUGACUUCUGUUUGGGUGGCAUGGUGACUGAUGAAGAGCUAGAUGCAUUUUUACGAGAGCAAGCCCUUAAAAGUAUGGAUUCCAAAAUGCCCGACUCAGUAGAAGAAGGUUUUUUAAAAAUAAAUGAUGACCCUGCCCAAAACUCUCAGGCUGGCAAGAGUAUCUUUAAUAGUGCUGAAGAUGCUGUGAAUGCUGAGUCUGAACUGCCAGAGUCUGAGAGAACUUUUUCUAGAGUAGAUAGAAAGGAAACCGAUUUCCUAAAUGAUAGUAAGGAAAGUAAUAAAUACUUAAAUGAAGGGAUGGAAAGAGGUGAUUUAGUUUUGAUUAAAUCAGUUUCUAGUAGUCCUUCAGUUAAUCAGAUUGUUAGUAAUGAAAGUAUUCAUUUUGGAGGAGCAAGACCUAAGCAGCUUUUUAUGCAUCCUUCAAGAUCUUUACAAAAAGACCCCAAGAACGAUAAUGAAAGUGACAACUGCAGUGAUGGAUUAUAUUCUGCAGAGGAAGAACCUGUUAACAUUAAUUUAGCUAAUACUCCAGAAAUUUGUCAAGGUAAAUUAUUCACAGGUCCUGAAUACUGUAACUCGGAGAGCAAAGAUCAUUUAAGUGAGAUUGAAGAGACUUCUGACUCUUUGACUAUUCUUGCAAAUGUAGAAGAUGACCUUGGGGAAUCAUUUCUUCCUAAUGAUAAGCUGACGAAAGAGACGUCAAGUUUAGGACUGAAACAACCUUUCUGGGUACCUGAUUCAGAUGCACCAAAAUGCAUGCGGUGCCAUUGCCGGUUCACUUUCACUAAACGAAGGCAUCACUGUCGGGCAUGUGGAAAAGUGUUUUGUGGGGUAUGCUGUAAUAGGAAAUGCAAGCUAGAGUACAUGGAAAAAGAAGCAAGAGUUUGUGCAAUAUGCUAUGAGACUAUUCAUAAAGCUCAAGCCUUUAAAAGAAUGAUGAGUCCUACGGGUCCAAAUCCAAACCCAAAUGUGCCUUCUGAAUAUUGCUCCACCAUCCCACCCAUGCAACAAGCAAAGGCAGCGGGAACGCUCAACUCUCCGCCUCCAACUGUAAUGGUUCCUGUGUCUGUACUGAAGCACCCUGGAACUGAAGCUGGCUGUCCACGAGAGCAGAAGAGAGUCUGGUUUGCAGAUGGUAUCUUACCAAAUGGGGAAAUUGCAGACCCAUGUAAACUAACCUCGGGGAGCAGAAGGUUGUCUCAAGACUCUAGUCCUGUGACCCAAGAACCACCUGAGGACAGAUUACCUGAUUCACCACUGCUUAAGGUGCAGGAUUCUCCAGAUGAAUUCCCAGUGACAGAAAAGUCACUUCAGUGCUCGUUGGAUGCUGCCUUAGACACUGCCUCUUCAAGUUCUGGUGUGAAUGUUACUAAUUUUCCAAGUGAACCCUCAGAUUUCAGAGUGUUGGUGAAAGUACAGAAACUGGUUAAGAAAGCUACAAGUCUCAUACCAGAUGAUGAAGAUGGGUUGCCGCCACUGGUUGUUUUUCCAAAAGUAGACCAAGGAGGAGAUAUUUUUGUUGAUGAUUACCCUUUAAUCAAUGAAGUAAUGUUAAAACUAGAAAAUGAUAAUGUUGAACUGGUGACUUUUGCACUAAACGCCAACCUCUUAGUUAAUGUCCUGAAGGUGACCUACUGUUUACAGAAGUGCUGGUGUUUCAGCUCAAAUGGAUUACAAGCCUUUGGCCAGGCAGAAGUUGUUAUAGUUUUACAUUGUCAGUUGGAAGAAAAAAGUCUGCUUAAAGAUAUCUUCAGUCUCUAUAUGACAAUUUAUCAAGAUGCACUGAAUGGAAAACAUACUGAAAAUCUUGGAAGCAUAACUUUCACAGAGAGUUUCCUUGGGAGUAAAGACCAUGGUGGAUUUCUGUUCAUUUCUCCUACAUUCCAGCCGAUAAAUGAUCUCUAUAUUCCAAACUGUCCUGUGGUCUUUGGCAUCCUUAUUCAUAAACUAGAGGUGCCAUGGGCCAAAGUUUUUCCUCUUCGUUUAAUGCUGCGGCUUGGAGCAGAGUAUAACGUAUAUCCUUCUACUCUGAUGAGUGUUAGAUGCCGUAAGCCUUUAUUCAGAGAACCGGGCCACACUGUAAUGAACUUGCUUAUGGAUUUGAGAAAUUACCAGUACACGUUGCCAUACAUCGAGGGCUUGCUGAUUCUAAUGGAAAUGGGAAAUAGUUCUAUUGAAAUCCCUAAAGAAAAAUAUAAUGAGGUAAUGAAAUUGUUAACUUCUCCCAAUGAGCAUGUUAUCAGUAUGGGUGCAAGUUUUGGCGCAGAAGCUGAUUCUUAUCUGGUGUGUGUUCAGAAUGAAGAUGGGGCCUAUCAAACACAAGCAAACAGCAAAGCAGGGAAGACCAGAAAAACAACGGGUGCAAGCUUUGUUGUGUUUAAUGGAGCCCUUAAAACCUCAUCUGGAUUCAUUGGCAAAUCCAGCAUAGUUGAAGAUGGUUUAAUGGUUCAGAUAACCCCAAAUACGAUGGAGGCACUUCGUCAGUCCCUUAGGGACAAAAAGGACUUCCAGAUUCCUUGUGGAAAAGUAAAUUCACCAGACUCAAGAGAAUAUGUUAACAUUCGUUGGGUGGAACAGAGGUCAUCUUUGAGAGCUGGUUUUGUUAGUCCAGUUGACGGAAAGUCUUUGGAAGCUGUACCAAGCAUAAAACUACAACAGGAGGCCGAAUUUGAGGCUGCGGGAAAAUGCAUCAAAUGCACCGAGGUAUUUUAUGUUUUGAAAAGCGAGGCGGUGUCCUUUGCCAACAUCCCACCUGCUCACAGUCAGUUUCUGAAGGAGAUUGCAACAUCCUGUUGUGCUGCUCUUUCUGUUCACCUCCUGUCACUGACACAGAGUCACGUCAAUAACCUGGGACUUCGAAUCUUCUCAGAAACAGAUGUGGUUGAAUACCAGGCAGGAUCUGGAGGAAAGCUACUUCCACAGGCAUACAUGAAUGAACUGGAUAAUGUCCUGAUUCCUGUUAUCCAUGGUGGGAAUGUCGCGCUUCUACAUUACCCAGUGGAGCUUGAAUUUAUUUUCUUCAUAACGGAAAGACUGGACUGACAGGACUGAAUACAUUUAACAUUUACAUAAACCAAAGCAUUAUUUAUAUUUAUUGUUAUUCAUGUAUAGCAAAUAACUGAAAGUACUGGACAAUAGUAAUUUGAUUAAUCUGGGUGCGUGGUUUACCUCCUAACUAGAGCGUGUUAUACCAUACGGAACCUAAGCCUUAUAUUACAUUGGAUACCUGGCACUUUAUCUGCAGAGAGGUUAUAUAAUCUUUAACAUGUUCUCUUUCUAAUUCUGAGAAAUUACUGAAUCUUUUGUAUUUAAAUUUUACGUCAAUUAUAGUAGUUUUAUUUUCGAUUAGAAGUAUUCGGUAUAAAAUAUUCUGUAAAUGUUUUACUCUGCUGCUCCUUUCUUUGUGGUAUUUUUGGAAAACCCUGUUGUCUUUAGGCUUUUUUAUUAGAUCUCUCCUGUAUAGAAAAUAUUUGGAUAGAAACACUAUUCUGGAAGCUUUAUUUUGGGAGCAUCAAAAAUAUUUUUGAUAGAUUGGCAUUCAGUUGAUCUGCUAUUGCCAUGCAGUCAUCAUUGCACACCUGUGAACUUUCAGAGUAACUCAAAUAUCUGAGUAAGUUACAGUCAGAGCUUUCAAAAGUUAAUUUCACAUUUACCAUUUUGGACUACAGGUUACUGAACAUAAUGCAGAAGAAAAUAUGUUGUGAAAGUAUGUUUUUGUCACUGAAAUGGGAUUUUAUUAUUAAAUUAUAUAUGAUACAAUA